UGGGUGCGCGCACUCGGUCAUGUGACUGGGCUAAGAUGGCGUCGCCCGGCUCCCGGUGGCUCCUAGCUGUGAGCCUUCUGCCCUGGUGCUGCGCCGCCUGGUCGCUGGGACAUCUGAACCCGCCUUCGCUGACACCGCUGGUGAUCUGGCAUGGGAUGGGAGACAGCUGCUGUAACCCCAUAAGCAUGGGUGCCAUUAAAAAGAUGGUUGAAAAGGAAAUACCUGGAAUUUACGUCCUGUCGCUAGAGAUUGGAAAGAACAUGAUGGAGGAUGUGGAAAACAGUUUCUUCUUGAAUGUCAAUUCUCAAGUAAUGAUGGUGUGUCAGAUUCUGGAAAAGGAUCCUAAGUUGCAGCAGGGGUACAACGCUAUUGGCUUCUCCCAGGGAGGCCAGUUUCUGAGGGCAGUGGCCCAGAGAUGCCCAUCACCUCGAAUGAUCAACCUGAUCUCAGUUGGGGGACAGCAUCAAGGAGUCUUUGGCCUCCCUCGAUGCCCAGGAGAGAGCUCACAUGUCUGUGACUUCAUCAGGAAAAUGAUUAAUGCUGGUGCUUACUCCAAAGUUGUUCAACUACGCCUGGUGCAGGCACAGUACUGGCAUGACCCCAUCAAGGAAGAUGUGUACCGAAACCACAGCAUCUUCCUGGCAGAUAUAAAUCAAGAGAGGUGUGUCAAUGAGACCUACAAGAAGAACCUGAUGGCCCUCAACAAGUUUGUGAUGGUGAAAUUCCUUAACGAUUCCAUUGUGGAUCCUGUAGACUCUGAGUGGUUUGGAUUUUACAGAAGUGGCCAAGCUAAGGAAACCAUUCCCCUCCAGGAGAGCACUCUAUACACAGAGGACCGCCUGGGGCUAAAGCAAAUGGACAAAGCAGGAAAGCUAGUAUUUCUGGCUAAGGAAGGGGACCAUCUUCAACUGUCUAAAGAAUGGUUUAAUGCCUACAUCAUACCUUUUCUUAAAUGAAGCCCUUGCACUUUGCAGCAGAGCUCAGGAAACCCCAGCUCUUCCAAAAAAACACAUCAACAGCUCUCCAUGCCCAACCCUCAACUCUAAUCUAGCUUGCAAGCAGUUCUCCACUCCUGUUAUCUAACAUGCCCUACUUGGAAAGAUCUAAGAUCUGAAUCUUAUCCUUUGCUGCCUCCUAUCACCAUAUGGUGUUGAAUUCAAAUUUAAUUAGCUAAUAACCAUGGAGAUUGUUUUACGACCUUGUGAUAUGGUCAAGCUUCCUCUUGAGAAAGGAAUCUGCUGUUGCAGUUCAAUGAUUGUGCCCAGAGGAGACAAGAAAAUGAAGCAGGGAGACAGGCACUAAGGGCAAAACCCCACAAAUUUGGAGCAAAUAAAAGCCUGGUGGUACCCAGCCCUGAGGCACUCACACAAGCACUUUCUCAGCACUGCUGCUGCGGGCAGUGUUUGGACAGCAUCACCUGCAUGAUGUUUCUGCAUCAUUCCCUAAGUCUGGUUUCAUAUUAAGUGUUGCCAUCUAGUGACACCCACAGUCACUCCACAGGCCCACCAUCAUGCUCUCACAGAACUCAACUUGUAUCCUCAGUAAUAAAAUCAGCCACAAAAGGAGAAAACAGCCAGCAGGGUUGCUUAAAGAAGAAAUGCACUGUUUUUUCUUUUCUUUUUUUUUUUGAGACAAGAUCUCACUCACUUUGUAGCCCUAGCUGGCUGGAACUCACUAUGUAGAGCAGACUGGCUUGAACUCAGAGAUCCCCCUGCCUUCUGAGUGCUGGGAUUAAAGGCAUGUGCCACCAAACCCUAUAGCAAUGUGUAUCUUCUAUACCAUGAGAUAGUAGGGAAGUGGAGUAGAAGUAAAAAACCAGGUAGUGACUGUCCUGCCACUCCAUUCUUGGCCCUUCAUGUUCCUAGUGGCUUAAGUGUCACUUACAUCAUUGCAAAUGGGAGGAACGGUCUGAAAAGAUGGGACUUUUACACUUCUACCCCAAAUCCUACUUACCAGCACACUCCAAGCUGCUGCUGAUUUGAUUCAAGAAUAUGAUUGGAAAAUAUAAUAGACUUCCUUUUUCCUCUGGAGACCAAUCCACAUUAUGACGAUGACUCUGAUGGUUGAAGGCAAACACUGGCCCACCACUUCCUGUGCUAUUUGAGCAUGGACCCUUUAGCACCCAUGCUGAGACAGCAGCGCUUUCUGAAUGAUUCCUGUCUAGUUUGGAGAAAUGAUUGUUUUCUUGAAGGCACCCUAUUAGUGCUGCAGAAUCUACCCCUUGCCAGCUUUUUUUCUUUUUCCCCUCAAAUUAAGGGCAGGAAGCAGGAGGAUGUGAAAAUAACUUUACAAGACUGUCUAAAAUAAAAAGUAGUUUCUUA